AUGGAGGACAAGGUGCGGGUGGUGCUAGACCAGCCCAGCACCAACUACGGUAGUGGUGGGCAGCUGCCCGCGUAUUCGGCAGCGGCGAUGCAGCAGCAGAUGGACGACCUCCAGCGUGCCAUCACACAGCUCCAAGAGUAUUGCCCCCCCCCCUCCGCUGCUGCACUGGUGGCGGCCACCUCACGGUACGAGCCGUGCGUGCCGAUCAGGUGCAUGACGAGUUGGGGCGUGGCUUCGUACGUGCCGUGCACGAUGCCAGCGUUGCGGGUCCUCAGCGCAGCCCUGCAGGAGGACAGGCGACGGCUGGGCACCUUCCACGCCUUCCUGCAACGCAACGGCCAAGAGCUCAACUGUGCCGGCCAAGGCUACUUCUCCGUCCUUCCUCAUGAGGUGGUGCUCUCCAUCUUGAGCCAUCUCGCCCCGAAGGACCUGUUGUGCGUGGCACUCGUCAACUCGUUCUUCGCUUCCAUGUGCUCCGAUGGCUUUGUGUGGAGCGCCGUCUACGACAGAAUCUGGCCGCUCUCCCUCUGCUUCACCUCGCCCUGGCACCGCCAUUCUCUUACUCCCCCGACUCCCUCACCGCCAGCACUUCAGUCGCCGGCUUCGACCAGCUGCACCUCCACCGCCGACCACCAGUCCGGCCGAUCGAGCGACACCGUAGGCGGCGACGAUCCGGCGCGCCUGAGGGACAGCGGGGUGUCGUGGAAGCGAGUGGUGCAACAGCGGGCGCAGACCGAGCGCAACUGGGAGGAGGGCACCUACAGAGUGGUUCACGAAUUCUCGGCGACGGCGCCGCUGUCGGACAUGGCGAUGAACAGGUGCCGCCCGUCGCGGGCUCGUGUGAUGGUGGCCUUCUCCACGUACAGCAACAAGGCGCUGCUGUACGAUUUGAACUCUGGUGAAAAGCUGCAAGAAGUGGGACUAGACGAUACUGGGCCUAUGGGGUUGACCUUCAUGGACGACAGCACCCUGAUAACAUGCGGCCACCGAGAUGGCGGCUUGCAGCUGUGGGACGUAGAAGUGGGGAAGUGUAUUCAAAGCUGCGAAGAGGCCGACGCCAACGGCGUGGCACCAUUCGAAGGCACCGAGUGCGGCAACACAGAUCUAUCGCACCUGUUUGUUUCGCUGACCGCCAAGAAAGUGGAGGUGUACGACACGCGAUCGUUGUCUCGGGUGAUGUCCCUCCGCGGCCACCGCCAACUGCUGGUCUGCGCGGCUGCCCGGUCAUCCAAGGGCGGACGAAUCGCCAGCGGGGACAUGGAUGGUACCGUCAUGUACUGGGAUCUCCGAACGCAGAAGAGUCUCGGAUCGGCGGCCUACCAGGACAUGCGGUCGCGCGUGCACUCGGUCGGGAUCGACCCGCGGCGCGACGUGGUGGUGAGCAGCUCGGGGAUGGGCCACCUGCUGCUGUGGGACAUCGACGGCUACCGCGCGUCGCCGAUCCCCACGCUCCAGGUCGGGCGGGUGGUCGACAAGGUGCGCACUACGGUGGGCAGCUUCCGCGCAUUCCACACCAGCAUGGACGCCAUAGCGGCUGUCCAGUUCCGCGGCCUCGACCACUUUGUGACGGCCCAGGCUGGCGGGCGCGUGGGCGUGUGGAACACCAAGAUGCUGCUCGACGGAACUGCCACGAAUCGGGAGUACGUGUGUAGUCAAGAGCCGGCAGAGGCGUGGAACGAGGUCAAGUUCAUGGUGUGCGACGACGAACGAGUCGUCACGGGCCUUACGUGCGGCAUCGUGCGCGUCCUCUCCUACUACCCUUCGGCCUAA